UUUUCGAGCUUUCCGCCAGCCCGUUGUGCGAUCCAAUUUAUAAUCAAUCAGUUGGGAACAGAACAUUGCGGGAGACUUUUUUUUUUAAGACAAUUCUGCGACAGCUUGAAAAGUCGAACUACAAUGGUAAAUUUCUGUAUCGGUGCUGGAUAAGCUAGUCGAGACCUGUCGUACCCUGUCCGAUUGCUGGUGUGCCAAAAAUUGGUUGGCGGGGUCUUGAAGCAGCGCAUGAAGACCAAAGAUAUCGAGGCCAUUUCCAGAAACUCAGCUCAGUAACUAGAUCGACAUAAAAUGGCUUCCUCUGGGGAAAUCGAUACCGACCCUCCUCAUGCAUGGAGGAAAGACUCCAUCGAAGAACGCAGCUUCGGUGCUGGAUUGAUCUGCCUUGAGGGUCAUUACACACAGUCUCCUGUGAUGGGACCUUUGUCCAUCGCAAAGGUAAUGGGCAUAAUCUCCAAAACAUUAGAGAAGACACAUACUUUCAAAGACGUCCGAGAAAUCCUCUCAAGAAAUCUUAGAGUAUGGAUAUGGCUUCGUCGCGCAAUCGCUGCUGCAAUCUGUGACUUGAACGAAAAGUCUUUGGGUAUCAGAUCGGAACCUUUUAUACCCACCAAGUUCAUCGACAUUACAGCACCUCAGAUCACUGCCCUGAUCAUGAAGAACUAUGCACCAUUAAAAGAAGCACUGCAAAUGCUCAACAAAUUGAUGCAUAUCGCACGAAAUCUAUUGGUAACGACUGAUCCUGAAGUUCCGCAAGAUCUAUCUGCUGCCGUUAAUUUUGACCAUGAAGUCUACGAAGCUAUAUGCCUUUGUGUAAACGUUACGAGCAAGGGUAUCGACGGUGAAAUGCCAGAGGAUGACGCAUCCAGGGCAAAAUGCACCGAGAUACAAGAGCUCUUCAAAAAAGUCCUGGUGACCUCUCUUCAACAGGCACAUAAUUGGAUUGCCAAGAAUGAUCGCAAUAAAAUGGCAUUCUGGUUUCGUGUUCUGAUCGAGUCACCUGAUGUCGACAGCAAUCCAGGUGCCGAAGACCGCCAUGAGUCUGUCAUGCAGUAUCUCGGCCCCCGAAGUCUGUAUCUGCGUACUGAAAUUGCGAACUGGCUAAAACGAAACUCAAAGAUGUGCGAUGCUGCAACAACCAUCUGUAAAGAGUAUUUUGAAGCGCAAGAAGAGGCGAACCAACAGAAUCAAUGGCUUCCAAACGAUUGGAAUCUUGCUUGGAAUUAUACCCCACCCAGUAUGUGGUCUUGGAAACCAGAUAUAUACGAUGAAGCGGCGCAGGUCAUUUCGGAGUGGCACACGGAUGAAACCGACAAAUUUGAGCGAGACCGAGCAUACGGCUACGUUUCACAUGAACUUGAUGAAUGGUGGGAAACCACUCGUCUCCCCAGCAGCAAAGACCAGAGUCUGAAGAUGUGGCCGCUCGAUUUUGUUCCUGAAAGGAUAAAGCAGUGCGAGGCGAACCUCAUGCAGCGCUAUGCCGCUGCAGAUCCGCCCGAAGAUCCAGAAGAUGACCUUGAUCAACCCGCAGGCGAAACGAACAACCAAGCAGACUGGCAAAACCAGCCUGCUCCAACAAGUACGAACUACGCACCCGAAUAUGACGAAUAUGAGGAGGACCCAGAUGAUGAUGAUUCUUAUGGAGAGGGCCCAAUGACGGGGCUUCUCACAGAAGUACCGAACAUACUGGACCCAAAGCAGAUUGAGGCUUUGCACAUGAUCGUUAAGUCGUGUAUACUUGAUUCCGCUGGCACAGGGCUCACACGCUUUGGAGAGAAUUUACAGCAUACCCGGUGCAAAAUUCUCCUGGCCACAGACUGCGGCAAGAAUCUGCUCAGGGAAAUGCUUGUCUUCAUAGCCGUUUGGGAAAAGGAGGAGCAAUCGCUCAUCUUUCAAAUUAGCAGCCAGAUCGUCCAGGCGAUUCAUGAGAGCUCACUGAUCCCCUACGCCUGGGAGGCCCUUCGCAGUCCGAAAGACAUCAUAUCACCAGCACAAACUGUGCUCUUACGUUUAAUCACUUAUCUUUCCCGUACGGCCUUUUUCCCUCCAAAAGACUACAAUCCAAAGCCGUCCGCCAAUGGAACGCCUGCUCCGUCGGAGGACCUGAGACUUGCUAAAAUGCUGAACUUUCUGUACGGUGUCUUCCGUAGCCGUAUCGUGCCGGAAUGCGUCGCACUUAUGCAGAUUCAAGCCGACGUUCGCAAGGGCAAUCUUGAUCCGGCGGACUUCCCAGUGGAUACAUGGGACCUGGAGCGCGCUAAGGACGGCCUCGUGCAAUAUCUAGAUUUCCUCUAUACCAUUGCUGACAUACAUCCUCUUCGCCAACAUCUCAUAGAAUAUGAAGCUGUUUACGAGUUGAUCAAGCUUUUAGAGGGUCUAGACGAAGGCGUGGAGAAGGUUCCCUUGGUUGAUGGACGUCGCAACCCGCAACCUUCCGCUCAACAACCGUCUCAAUAUCCCGCAAACCCGCAACCUCCGCCACCGCCGCCACUCACAGAGCCUCCCUACGAAUUUCCCUGGUCUGGCAUCAAAGGCCAAUUGCUGUCAAUCUUGGCAGCUUUGUUGCAGCCGCCUCCUGGCCAGUCAUCGCCAGGAAAUUCAACUGUACAGCUACAGAUAGUGCAGCAUAAUGGAAUUGUGGCGCUCCUCAACUGCUGUCUCUAUGACGACAAUAAUCGAUUCUGUCGCGAACGAGUUCAGCUUUGCCUCAAAUGGCUGAUGGAUGGGUCGCCUGACGCCAGCGCAUUCUUGCAGAACCUCGUGGCCGCUAAUCCAGGACCGAUGGUCAGGCCACCUGCAGGAGGGGUACCCGAGACGCAAAGCGUGCGCGUGGAUGGUGUCGCGGGCGAGGUUCGAGUGCAGGUUAGGAGCUCAAGUGCUCCCGUUGGGGAAGAUGCAGGCAACACCGCAGCUCUUGUACCAGCAACGAGUGUUGCAUCUAGUAGAAGCCGAAGCGAGGAGCUGGUCAAUGACAUUAUGGCCUUGGCACUAGCUGAAGAUGCGAACAAGCUUUCCCACAGUCUUGAAGGAGAUGAGACUGAAGACGACGACUUCAUGUAGAACGGGGUACUGUGCGCAGCAACGGUCGGCGUUUUGGACUUUUUUGUUCAGCCCGACUGAGAGUUUAGAAAAAUCAAGUAAAUGCCCAGAGAAGCGCAAGCUGAUGAUGCAAACAGGUGGAGGAAAAAAGAAAAUCUUCAGAAUUUAUUCCAAUUCAGAGCUUAUGAGCUUGCACAACGGGGAGUAAAUGAGUAACUCGGAUUGAUUAUACGUCCGUCUGCGACAACUGCCCCACCAAUGAUUGAAUUAUCCACUUGAUGGCGCAAACGGUGAGGUGGCGCAGGG